AUGCUGCGAGUUGCUGGCUUGUUGUUGUCUGCUGCUGAAGACCUGAGCAAAAAGAGGGACAUUGGAUGGAAUUAUGGCCCUCAAGGAGCAACGAAUGAUUCGGGUAAUUGUAACUUUUGUGGGAGUACUUUCAAUGGUGGAAUAACUCGACACAAACAACAUCUAGUGGGUGGUUUCAAGAAUGUUAAACAAUGUACCGCUUUUCCCCCGGAGAUUAGAGAAGAAGUAAGGGCUUAUAUACAAAACAAGAUCGCUAAUAAUCCCAACUUUCAAAUGAGGCAGCCGGAAGAAUUUAUUGAUGUUGAUUAUCUUGAUCAAAUGGAUGAUUAUAAGGAAAUGAUGCCUCCCUCCAAAACUCAAAAGAUAUCUUCUAGUUCUAGUGGAAGUGCAUUAUCCAUUGCGUGGAAUGUGACGAAAGGCCCUUUGAAUCUCUAUUCUUCACAGAAAUCAACACAAAAAGGAGGCUUUGAAAAAGGAGGAGGAAUUGAUGAAACAAAGAAAAUACUAAGAAAGCGUGCGGUAAGUGCUUUUGCAAUUUGGAUGUAUGAUGCAGGGCUCCCUUUUAAUUGCGUCAAUCACAAAUCAUUUGAUAAUUUUAUUGAGGUGGUAGGACAACAUGGCCCCAGAAUAAAGUGUCCUACAUUCCAUGAAGUUAGAGUCACUCACCUAAAAAAAGAGGUGAAGAAAGUAGAAAAAAUUGUUGAUGAGCAUAAAGUGCAAUGGACAAAGUUUGGAUGUUCCAUUACGAUGGACAAAUGGACGGCACGAAAUAAUAAAAUGAUCAUCAAUAUUUUGGUGAAUUCUCCAAAUGGUAGUGUAUUUCUUGGUUCUGUUGAUGCUAGCAAUGAAUCUACCGAUUCCAUCAAAAUGUACAUGUUAUUUGAAAAACUAUUGAAAGAAUUGGGUAGGAAAAUAUUGUACAAGUUGUCACCGAUAAUGCUAUUGAGAAUGCUAAGGCGAAAAGUAUGA